ACCUGCCCUCUAUUGGCCACCCGGACCGCGACGCUCCGCCGUAAUUUCAAACGAGGGGACGAAUGGGGCAGAACAAAUUACAAAUCUGACUGGGGACUCGACCCUUCUGCAGCACGUAAGCGCCUUUGCUCCUCAGUUAUUUUAAUGACCUUUUCAUGUACGGUUUCCCUUUUCAGAGUAGGCUAAUACUUUUGAUCCGUGUUAGAAGUUUAAAAUACGACAAUCCCGUGCAGACGGUUCAGAGUAGAUUUUGAAGUAUAUUAUAUUUUAGAUUUAUAGGGGGAAAAACACGCUGAUAUUCUUGCAUGGUCUGUAGCUGCCUCGCCACGGAAUACGAACCACGAGUAUUUUUCAUCGAUCAUUCUCUAUGUGUCUUGGGACUGUGAUGAAGACGGCUGAUGCGUUUCAAUAAUCUAACAGAGAAUCUGGCAAAUAGAAGAAGCUUAUUAAAUCGCUACUUUCCAGUAUUUACCUUAUUAGACAAAUAAGGACUAUUGGAGCAGUUUGAAGCUUGCCGAUCAUUUUGGAUGAGCCUCGGGAGCCGCAGAGCUUUUACAUUUUCAUAUUUAUUUAUUUGCUCUAUUGCUUUGCAUUCCGGUAGUUUGCUAUUUAGUUACACUCGGCACCUUGACUUUCCGACUGUCUGUACCAUGCCUUCAGUUGUGGUUACAGUGUCACCCUCAAGGUUCGGCUAACACGUUUCCUAUAGAUUCAUAGAUUCAGAUUUAUACCGUAUAACAGCGCGACACACGAAGAGAUGGCCAAACACCAGUCGGACGGACCGAUGGAUGAUUUAAGUAAGGUCUCCGACGAGGAGAUGCUGAAAUGCAGCAAGGAGGAAUUGAUCAAACGCCUGAGGAAGGUGGACAGCGACAAGAUGAACUUAAUGCUGGAACACGGCAACAUGAUGAAAGACAUCAACCGGCGGCUGCAGGUUCACCUCCACGAGAUCCGCGGCCUGACCGAGGCCAACCAGAAGCUCCAAGAUGACAACCACGAGCUGAGGGAGCUUUGCUGCUUCUUAGAUGAUGACAGGCAGAAGGGCAAGAAACUGUCCCGGGAGUGGCAGAGGUUCGGCAGGUACACCGCCAGCGCCAUGUGGAAGGAGGUGGGCUUGUACCAACAGAAACUGAAGGACCUGGAGGCCAGCCAGGAGAUGCUGAUGCGGGAGAACGUCGAGCUGAAGGAAGUGAUCAUCAUGCUGGAUGAGGACAGGAACGGGGCUGGCUCCAGGAGCUCCAUAGACAGCCAGUCCAGCCUGACUAAUCUGAACGGCGGCUCCGGUUCGGUUCGGGACGUAGGGGAUGGAAGCAGCACGUCCAGCACCGGUAGCGCCGGCAGCCCCGAUCACCACCACAACCACGUGCAUAAGCCAGGGGAAGCCAAGGUGGGAGCCGUCAGGAGGUCCAUGGACGAUCUGCUGGCGCCGCACCACCACAGGAGCAUCCCGAACGGGCUGAACGAUUCAUCGUCGAAUUACAUUCGGCAGCUCGAGACGAAGGUGCGGAUUCUGGAGGACGACAACAGCAAGCUCCUGUCCCAGUGUAACCCUGGGGAGUUGAGGACCCUGCGGAAAGGCCUGUCUCUUUACCACUCCGAGUCCCAGCUCUCUUCAUUGCCCCAACACCAGGACACCCUGCACAACGGUCCCGCCCACAUUCCUGUGAAUGACUCCUCCCCCACGACCAGCUAUCAACCUCCAGUACAGAAACCAGAGGCUGUGGUCCAUGCCAUGAAGGUCCUCGAAGUCCACGAGAACCUGGACAAGCAGAUUCCCGACGAUUACGAGGACGACCUCAGCGAGAAGGAGAAGGCAAUCGUCCGGGAGAUGUGCAAUGUGGUGUGGCGUAAGCUGGGCGAUGCUGCAGGGUCUAAGCCAUCCAUCCGGCAGCACCUCUCCGGAAACCAGUUCAAGGGCCCUUUGUAGUGUGACGAUCCCAGUGUCCAAGGACAGCAGGGGAUGGGUAUGGGUCCACACACCAUGAAAUGCUGCCCCCAAUGCUGGAUCCUCACCCGCCCAAUGAACGGCCCAUAUUACAUCGAGCCAAAUUUUUUUUAGUUUCAUUUUAAUUUACCUGCAAAGUAUUUAAAACUGGCAACUAGCUUUUAAUAUGUGACAUCUUCCGGAAGCAUACACAUUUAACUCCGUUCUGCAUUUGUGUCGAACCUUUCCUCAGUGCAGCUGGUGACAGUGUUUGCGGUUUAGGUCUGCGCAGUGUUGCGCAGAUGCAGUCCAGUGUAUAUUCAUCCCAACCACGGAGCAGCAUUGUGGCGACGCAGUGGAAAUGUCAUGCAUCGCCCGUAGUGCGGAGAAACUCUUUAUUGUGCUGGUUUUCUCCUGGUUGAAUAAUAGCUAAGGGUUUGUUUGUGAAACCUGUGACGACAUAGCUCCCUAUGCCUGAGAAUGAAGUAUUUUCUAAAAGUAGAAAUCACCUUUAAACAGACGUUUAACAGAAGAGAGCUGUAGUGAUAAAAGUGUAAAAGAUGUACAAAGCCAUAGCCUCUACUUCACCCUCGCUAUUUGUGUUGUAUUAUAGAGUGACCCUGUGGGUCCUGUUAUCAUUCAUUAUCAUUUUGUAUCAUUUGUUUAAAAAGCACAUGGGCUAAAGCCCAAAGCAGGGAAAAUGACAAACAAGCAAUCAAUGGUUCCUGUAUCCCCAGACAAAAUUGCUAACCAGAUAGGUGGGGGGCAUGUCCUACCACCCUGGAAAGGCCGGGGACAACGCAGUGUCAAGAUACAAAAUCGAUGUCAUCUUUUCAGCAUUGACAGAUUGCCCGAAUGACAAUGUGCAUAUUGAUUCAAUCAAGAUGACUACAUCUUGAUUUUUACCUUAUAAGCUUUUUUUUUUUUUUGCAAUUUGUUGUAUUGAAUAUUUUUUUAUAAUGAUACAGAAGGUUGGACAUAUGCUAGGUUCCUCUGUCCACCUGAUUUGUCACUUUAUGAGGUGUAAAUGAUAGCUAUACAAGAUAACGCAAUAUAUAACAUUUCCAUCAAAAGUGAAUACGUUCUUAGUGCUUAAUUCUCUAGCCACAAACGUUAUACAGCAGAGUAAGACAUUAAUUAACCAUCGAAUGAUGCAGCAGGUGGAAGUCAGUAUUCUGAAGCAAUCUUUACUUUUAGUGUGGGGAUACAUGAACCAGUAUUGAAAAAGAGAAAAUCUAGGUAUUUCCAGAUGUGAAAAUAUGAGUGUUAAUCACAGAGGACUUCCAAAUUAGCGUGACACGUGAUCAUAAAAAGAGAAACAUGCCUACAUGAAGAUAUUACGAACCUGCUUUGAAAAUCUAAUAAUGGACAAAAGUGACCUUUUUUAAAAUGUUGAAGAUAAAUCUGAUUUUUAUACGAUUUGGAUACAAAGUGCUUUUGAUUAUUUUUAACAAACCGGAACGUGGCGCGCUUGUAUGCGGACGAGGCACAGAUUUGGAAGCUCCGUUUAUUAAGUCUCUGUAAAUGUGUGAACCGAAACCCCGCAUCUACAAUGCUUUGUCAAUGCCAACUCGUGCAGAGUAACUAGCAUGCCUCUGUAACCCCUUAUUUCCCACAAAUGUGUCUAGCUGAAACUGGAUCGAUAUUUUUAGCAAGGGUUAAAAAUAUAUAAAACAUUGGAUAGGCCACAUUUAGGUGCUUUUGGAAAUAAAUACUUCCUUUGUAGUUUGUAUAUUUUCUAUGUCAGUAAAGUUGUUGUAUAGCCA